AUGGCUGAGAGGCCGGGGAGCAUCGGGGGAGCACCUCCUCUACCCUCCUGGUUCUUGCCCGCUCCCCGAGGUCGUUCCCAAAGCGACAUCUCCUCCUUCUCCUCCUCCCGGAGAACUUGCCUGCUCCGGUCCAACGUGGGCGGCUCAGUUGAUGGCUUGGAUAAGGCUUCAAUCGCUAACUCGGAUGGACCAGCCCCAGGAUCCCAAACUCCCCCCUUCAAGAGGAAGGGCAAACUCUCCACCAUUGGCAAAAUCUUUAAACCGUGGAAAUGGCGGAAGAAGAAGACGAGUGACAAAUUCAGAGAAACGUCGGCAGUGUUGGAAAGGAAGAUUUCGACAAGACAAAGCAGAGAGGAGCUGAUAAGAAGGGGAGUGCUGAAGGAAAUGCCCGAGCAAGACGGUGAUGUAACAGUAAAUUUUGAAACUUCAAAUGGACACACCAUAGCGGUUGGUGAAGAAACCAUACAGGAAGAAAAUGUAGUAAAAGCCAGUGGAGAUAAUGAGGCUUUAUCAGAAAAAGCAUCAGCAUUGGAAGGAAAAAAAGAAGAUCAAAAAGAGAGCACUACUGAUCACUGCCCAGAAACACCGGCAUCCCAUGCUCCACCACCACCCAAGCCUAAGCCUAAACCCAAAAAAGCUCCGCUACCACCAAAAAAUGCUAGUGCCGCUUCCACCACCACCACCAGCCAUAAGAGUAAUGAAGCACCUCAUGCUAAAAAAAAGGGAAAGGCUCCUGCUAAGCAGCCUCCUCUCCCACCGCCCAAGCCAACAAGUCAUGGUGCGAACCGAGAAGCUGCUAGUUCCUCUCACGCAAAAAAAACACCGGUCUCCAAGUCCUCUUCAUCACCAUCUCCUUCGUCCACAUCAUCUCAUCCCAAAGCCUCUAAGGAGACUUCCAGCAAAUCGGGCACAUCAGGGACUCCCAGGGGCAAGAAAAAACCUGGGAAGCAGUCAGCCCCACGAACAGCGCCGGAUGGGGCUGCUGUUUCCCCCUCGGGUGCCACAGCCAACAGGUUGGAAGCCAAGGCAGAAAAACCUGAGCCUCAGCAACCUUCCAUAGUGAUUUCUGAGACGGAGGACGCAGACCAACCGAGCAAGCUUGUCGUCCCCCCUCCUCCCACUGCUGCUCCUCCUCCACCUCCACUUCCACCUCCUUUUCCCACUGCGGCCGCUCAGCCCGUUGUCUCCUCAGAUGCCCAGGAUGUGUCAGACGGCUGCGUGGCCGGGCCAGCCGUCCCCGGGUCGGAUACUAAACCUCUUCUCCAGACUGAGCAUGGCACAGAUGAGAGCCUGAGCAGUACGGCCCUAGACAGUGGCCCAGAUGCUAGUGGAGAAGACACUAAAAGCUUGGCUACCAAAGAAGACCACGAAGCGGAGGCACCUGACCAGGCACACUCUGAACAGCUGGAGGAGGCUUCUGAUGCUGCUGCUCCUCCUGAAAGUGAAAGCAGCCGGGAGAGCCACAGCAGCGACUCGGACUCUGACGGACCGAUACUCUACACAGAUGAUGACGAUGAUGAUGAUGAUGAUAAUGCAAGUACUGAAAGCUCUUUGGCAAGUAAGAUUCGUCGCAGGGAUACUCUUGCUAUCAAACUUGGCAACAGACCAUCUAAGAAAGAAUUAGAAGACAAAAACAUCUUGCAGCGUACAUCUGAAGAGGAGAGGCAGGAAAUCAGACAUCAGAUUGGAACAAAGCUUGUGAGGAGACUUAGCCAGAGGCCUACAACUGAAGAGCUAGAGCAAAGAAAUAUCCUAAAGCAGAAGAAUGAAGAAGAAGAACAGGAAGCCAAAAGAGAAAUAAAACGUAGACUCAGUAGAAAGCUCAGCCUGAGGCCUACAGUGGCUGAACUUCAAGCAAGAAGAAUCCUUCGAUUUAACGAGUACGUGGAGGUCACAGAUUCUCCGGAUUACGACCGUCGUGCCGACAAGCCUUGGGCCAGGUUAACUCCCGCAGACAAGGCAGCAAUACGGAAAGAACUGAAUGAAUUUAAAAGCACAGAAAUGGAAGUACACGAGGAAAGUCGGCAAUUUACCAGGUUUCAUCGUCCAUAACUGUCUGACCGCAUCCCAUAUUUCAUGUAAGAAUUUUCUUUGGGGAAGUCAUUGCAUCCUGAUGAGCUGAGAUUGCACUGGAACUGGACUGAGUGUGAGUGUGUGCUACAGCUUACCCUGAGGUUCAUGAAGGAUGUGGCCCUCGUCUUUAUCAAGGGACAAAUGAUUUGUCUGGGAGGAGAACCCACAUGAAGUGUUUGUCAUGGUUAAGACAGACCACGAUUCCGUGGCUAAACCCACACAGACGAGUCGGUGGACUUCUUCGUCAGAGCUCCACAAGUCAAGAAGAGCUGAAGACAAUCGGUUGAGAGCCUGUUGCCAGGAUCUCAUCAAACUCCGUAGGGUUGUGACUGAGGGUGAUGGAGAGGGGGGAGCGUGGAAAGGACUGAGAGCAUCAGGGAAGAGAGACUUCGCUUGUCAGUCCGCAGAGAAAAGUGGACCGGAUGGGACUGCUUAAUGAUGCACUUGGCCAGUGGGGGGAAUUAUUAUUUUUUUUUUUUAAAAAAGAGUAUGAGCAACUGUGCAUGUAUUUCUUUUAGUGGCCACAGCCUGUCUUAGAAAGACAGCAAGCCACAAGUCCUCAUGUCAUCAGUACUUUAGUGAAGAACUGUAAUUUUCUUUGGUGCCAGUAAAUACAGUUGCCAGAAAUUAGUCCUAGCAUAACUCGGCUGUCUUUUUUAAAAUCCCAGUGAGCAUGCUUCAAGAACAUACAUUGAACGUUCACACAGAAAAAGUCACACAUUUUUUUUGGUUUUUAACGUUGACAUACCCUGGAUCCUCAGAAACACCUAAACAGGAUUUGAAGGACAAAUAACGUGACACUAUGAAUGCAAUGAAAUGCUUCGUGUUUAGAAACACUCCUUGCUGUCUGUCACUUGCCAUUCGAACCAGAGGGAUCAUUAUCUUUCUCACCCAUGGCAGGCAGUGGUGGCAACUUUGACAUCAUGCUAGUGUGAAUCCAAAAUCAGAAUUGGAAUUAGGCACAAAAGUCUUUGCUAGUAGGCUUGAGCAGUGAUUACUGAUGUGACUUUUUACGUUUAAGGACUCUUGCACUGCUUUGAGGAAGAACUCACAGAUGAAUCAGUAUGUCUUCAGCUACUGGUCCUGUAAAAGUGAACGGAAAAUCCUUAGAGUGUCUGCAGUUUGUUUUUGAUGAGUGUGAAGAAUGCUUCUUAGAUUCCUAAUUUUUUAUACUAUCUUGAAAUUGUACAUGUGAAUACAGUACUAUUAAAAAUAAGUGGUAUGGAGUGUGAAAGGCAAUACAUGGUUUUUCUAAGUUGGCCCAAAGGCCUAUUAAAAAGCCUGUGGCGUUGUUUACACUAAGAAAUUCUGUCUUAUAUUAGCACUUAUUUAUCCUUUGAAUUAAUGUACACAACGUUGGGGGGGGGUCUGGAAUUCACAUAUGCAUCCAUUUAAUGCAGUAUUACAAUAUAUUUGAUAUUUAUCCUUUCUAAUGUGUGUACAUAUUACAAUUUAUUUUUGUCUUUUAUGUGCCCUGUUUAGUUUUUAAUUAUGAAGUGUAAGUAUUUCUUUUUCAGGCAAUAAAAGGUCUGUGUAGAUGUGAUUUUUACCUCAGAACCUGGAAGAGAUUCUUGUGGAAUGUUUUUCAUUUACAAAAUUGAAGGUUGUUGUUUUAGAUGUCAGCCUAAAGGCAGGAAGGCAAUUUGGUGGCUAAAAUUAGAUCUCCCUCUUUACUGAUAUUUACAAGAAGACCAGGUUUGCAUAAAUGGGGUAGAUUAUUUUAGUAAAGAGCACUUCUGGUAACAGGAGAGUGCUUUCCAACAGCUGUCACUCUAUUAUUUUUAAAGAGAUUGACAAACCUUUUUUAAAAAAGAUAAAUUUACAUGACUGUUAGGAUCAUUUACAUUUUAGUAAAAAUCUAAUGACGUACAGAGCCCAAAAUAUCAAUAACCACAUAAAAUAACCAUCUACAUGCUUGUAGCAAAGAAAAGGAAGCAGCACCUUCCUUUUUUAAUGGAAUCAAUAAGAGCCAUUAGGAUUCCAUUUGCAGAAAACAGUUUAGCUUCUGUGAGGCCCAUCAUUUUACAAAUAUAGAAGCACCACUUUGACAUCAAGGAAACGGUGAAAAUGUAUUCUUUGGCACUAAAUCAUACAGGAAUGAUCAGGUCAUUAGAGUUAAGAUUUGUCAGCAAUUCUGGUAGAACCCUAAUUAUUAUUUUUAGAAUUUGAAGAGUAAACUUAAAACUUUCACUGGUACUUAAUAAAUAGUUCUCCUGCUUAAACUUUUCGUUGUUGUUGUUGCCAAAUUUAGAAAUGUGUGUCCAAAGCCUAUAAAGGCCUGCUAUGUUGACUUUGAAGUAUAAAACACAGCAUUUCACUUCAAAGGGAACAAGCGGAGCAAUUAAAUAGACCUCAGUGCUGCCUUAAUGACUUUGAAAUGUUUGAAAGCAGCCAAGAUUCUAAAGGCCGAAAGAUGGCUGUUGCACAGGCAGAGUAACUUGGACCAAGGUAAGGUCAGACUAUAUAAACUUUAUAUAAGACAGUAGCUCCACUGAUAUGCCAGGGCACGUACGGCUCACACAAGGAAACUAAAAGUUGCUAAAACUCUUAGGAUGAAGCCAAUGAAUUGACUUUGCAAGAAGAUGUUCCUCUCUACUAGGCCUGGAACAUGGAUGGAAAGACACGUGGCACCUUCUUGUUUCAAGAGCUAAAACACAAAGAUGAGGAUACAACUUCUGGCCUAGACUUCCUCAAGCUGCAUUUGACAUGAGGAUACAAAGGUGAGAUAUCGCUUAGGUUUUACCUGUCCUCCUUCUGCAUUUGGGGUUUUUUAAAGUAUUCACUACAAGCCAUUGCUAGAGGCAGAAUACUAGUCUACAUAGAGAUGCUGAGCUAAAUCUUUAAUUUCUCAUGUAAUUUCUUAUUAUUUUGAUGAUAAAUAAUCAGGUGCAUUCUUUGGCCCACAAUUCAGCAAACUACUUAAGCAAAGUUACGUAACUGGACUAGAAGAGUUGCCUUUAUUGGAACUUCUGUAAAAACGUAGUAUAUUUGCAGAAUUAGAACUAUAAACUAUCUAUUGUGCAUUGUACCCCCCCACAGAAUUGUAUAUACUAUUUUUAUAUUCCAAAUAUCAACUGGCAGAAAAAAGACAGCUGUAAAGUGUUAUCCAUGCAAUAAAAAAUAACAAGCUCUUGGUAUGUCACUACGUGCAGUGAAGCAAGUUUGCUUUACCUUAUUGAGCUGCCUGAAGUUGGUUUCUGCUGUUAUCUCCUAAUCCUCUAUAUUGAUGAUUUCAAAUGUCUCCACGUUGCUACAACAGCCCAUUGGAAAUGAUACAUCAUGUAUCUGACUGCCUCUGGUGCUGCAUGCCUGUUAGAAGGGAAAACUCAGGAUAAGUCCUGAGAAACUCCUGAGUGAGAAAUCCUUGAGGGAAAAAAAGUAAGAAGAUGUAAAAAAGGCAAAGAAAAAAUAACACUUUCCAUGUAACACAUCGUACAAUCCAGCUGGUGAAAAGAGAUCAACAUGUUAAUUUUUAUCAAGUUGGACAAAUCAUUAAAAUGUCAUCCAGAACAUAUGCUAAACCUGACACACAUACCUGUGUUCCACAGAAUCAGAUAUGAACUUUUACACGCACACAAAGAGAAAAUGAGUAGCUUGAAGCAGUGGUUUCUGAAAUUACCUCAUAUAUCACAUUUAUCAGUAGGAUCACACAUCACAGCAUGUUGCUGUGGGUGCAGGAGAACGGAUGCUUAAUCAAACCCUAAUUUCUUCUUCACAUAACAAAUUGAAACUGUCCUAGAAUGUUGUCAUCUCUUUCUUCUUUCAGGUAAUACAUAUUAGUCCUUAUAACUGAAAUUAGUUGUUUCAAAUGAAAAAAACCCUAUCUACAUUUCCUUGAAUUGUGAUGUAAAUGUUGAGUAAACAAGUACCAAAAAAAAAUUAUUUAAGCUAAAUGGUUACAAUUAUUUAAGCUCAAUACCAUUGUGACCAGUGAUUUGAAACAAGGUAGGACCAGGAGCAGUGUCUCUUCAAAAAUCACUGCAAGUAUUCGCAGCCAUUUGUAGGUCUACAAGAUUGUAUUUAUUUGUUGGUUUUAGCAUUUGUGUACAGUUUUGUGUGUCCUGUGCUGUGGUGGACUUGACCGACCUCUGAUGUGGUGUGGGGCAGGGCAGCCCCACCACCUGCUUUGGCCACACUGAGCUCUUAGAGAAGCACCACAACCUCAGUGCUGACAUGUGAAAAACAUAUCAGAUGACCGCUUUGUUUUUUACUUUUUUUGUUGUUUCCCUUAAAAACCAAAUGAAAGACGUGAAACAAAGGGAUGAAAGUAUCCCUGAUAUUACAGAAAUUAGACCCCCUCCUUCCAGGUGAGAUUAGUGCUUUGUUUCCAGCAGAGAUGCUUCAAACCCAGAUCUGUGACUAGUAAUACUACAGCUACAUCAGAGCUGUCACUUAACCCGAAUAUAAAUAUAGCCUGAAUCAUAAAAUGGGAAGAAGAUGCAGCCAGCACAGACUCAAAACAUCUAUCUAGUCUGGCAGCCCAGGAAUCCAAGAAAACCCCCUCGUGGGCUGCAGCUGGGAGCAGGAGCCAGGGUAGGGAAAGCCACACUGUCACCUCAAUACUUGGCAGAUGGCACCAGGAGGACAGGUCUGGUUCAGCAUUGCUGCCAUCCUACAGACUAGAGCAUGAGCUCAUGUCCUAAUGUCUGUUAAUGCUUUAAUGAUAAAGCAAACCAAGCUAAAAGCCUGCAUUUGCAUGAAAUUGUCAGGUAUAACAGAACUACGUCUUUUAAAUCUUUGACAUCAUCUGUUUUUAUACGUAUCCCAAGGAUUUCAGGCCUGUGUCACUGCUGUAAGCUAAAAUAAAGACAUACUCAGGGUGAAAACCAGAAUAAAUUUGCCUCCUGCCUUUAGGAACUUCCACAUUUAGCUCCAUUAAUGUUGCUAUCUUUAUUCUUCUUGUACAGAGCUCAGUGUAAUGCUCACUGCUGGGACCUGGCUUUUGAUGAACGAAAAAAAGCAAUUCUGAAAGUUUUUAUUAGUUUGAUAUUAAAAUAUUUAGAGGAUCAAAUCAAAGUAAACUCCACUGAAUAGCUUAAGACUUCUAUUUAACAGAUAUCUGAAAACAAAAACAAAACCCAAAACCAACAAAAAACCAAAAUUAAAAAAAACAAUUUAUGGAAGUCUAGCUAUAUAGAGAAAAGGAGAGAUGGAGUAAAAAUAACAUAUUUCACUGUAAUGUUUUGUCACGUUUCUAUUUAUUAGCUUUAAUGAUUAAUAAGGUCUUCUUUCAUUGUUUGUCAUUGUUCCCAUCUUGUUUCAGGAUUUUAAUGGAAAUAGAGCUCAUAGGAACUAGAUACAGCAUUUCACCAAUAUUUCAUUAUUUUCUAGAAGCUAAAUAUUGCAUUGGAUAGGUACAAAGAAAGUAAUGGUAUUCUUUGUGUCUCCUUGUUCAAUCAUUAAUUCUUUAUAUUAAAAAAGUCUUGCAAUACUAUGUCAAAUUUAACCAUAUUUGAACAUUGUUAUAAAAUAGCAAAAUGUUGCUGAACGUAUCUUCUCUUCCUUUCACUACUUUGUGUGGUGGUAUAUUAAUUUGUAAACUUGUAUAAAUUUUGGAAUUAAAAAAAUUCUGUGUUUUGGAUGAU